GCUGGCGUCAAGACUAUGCUAAUGACCUCCAGGUCCCAAGUCUCUUGUUGCCUGGUGACAGAGUUUCACAGUUGAGGCGGAGAAGCUGGGACUAGCAGGUUUUUCAUGAUUUUUCCUCACGCUGAUCACUAUCCAAUCAGAACAACACACUUCCAUCAUCCACUUGCUAAAAGAACAUGGCUAAGGGUGGGAAAGGCCCCAAGGGCAAGAAGAUUACCCUCAAUGUGGCCAAGAAUUGCAUCAAAAUCACUUUUGAUGGGAGAAAGCGCCUUGACUUGAGCAAGAUGGGAAUUACCACCUUCCCCAAGUGCAUCCUGCGCCUCAAUGACGUGGACGAGCUGGACCUUAGCCGGAAUCUGAUCAGGAAGAUCCCUGACUCCAUUUCCAAGUUUCAGAACCUCCGGUGGCUGGACCUGCACAGCAACUACAUCGACAAGCUGCCUGAGUCCAUCGGCCAGAUGACCAGCCUGCUCUACCUCAAUGUCAGCAACAACCGGCUGACCAGCAACGGGCUGCCUGUGGAGCUGAACCAACUCAAGAACAUCCGCACUGUGAACCUAGGCUUGAACCACCUGGACAGCGUGCCCACCACGCUGGGGGCCCUGAAGGAGCUCCAUGAGGUAGGGCUCCAUGACAACCUGCUGAACACCAUCCCCGUGAGCAUCUCCAAGCUCCCCAAGCUGAAAAAGCUCAACACGAAGCGGAACCCCUUUCCAAAGCCAGACGAGUCGGAAACAUUCAUAGACUCCAUUAGGAGGCUGGAGAACUUGUAUCUGGUGGAGGAGAAGGAUCUGUGCGCGGCAUGCCUGAGAAAAUGCCAAAAUGCCCGGGACAAGCUGAAUAGAAUCAAGACUAUGGCCAUGACAACGCCGAGAAAGGCCAUCUUUUCCAACCUGAUCUUACCCAAUUCCAUGGCCAAGGAGUCCCAGGAAGACUGGAGGUGACUGGUACCCUGACCCUAAGGCAGGAGGGGAAGAGAGAUGGAGGGAAGGGGGCAGUGGGCUGCAUCCACAGGAAACCAAGGCUCCCCUGUGACUACAACGGCUCUUCCAGCCAAGCCCAUAAAGCUUCUUUUCCUAC